UGUAAGAUGCACUGCGUACAAAAUUGGCAGGUGCCACAACGGCAUUCACCCGGCUUCGCUUCCCGAGGCUGCAUCACGUUCUGCAUGUCGUUUCAUACCCCUCAGCUUACAAACGUCGCCCGCCCUUGCGACACUUCCUCCGGCCAAGAAAUAGCGAACUCCCGACCCCAGAAGCUUACUGUUCGGUCGUCGACAUCAACAUUCACCGUCAUGCGCGACGAGAACCUCAAUCCCAAAUUUCCUCUCGAGCCCCUCAAGCCCAUCGAAUAUACAGACGAGCCUCUCGACCGUCCUCUCCCUAGUGAUGCACACAGUCAGGACAUCUCCCACUAUUUGACAGGAUGGCGCCUACACCUUCUCACCACCGGCUUGUGCCUCGGCAUCUUCCUAGUCAAUUUUGAAAUCUCCAUCGUUAGCACCUCGCUCGUUUCCAUCACCAAUGACCUCCAACACUUCAGCCAGAGCAGCUGGGUUGUCACCGCCUACCUGUUGACCUACACAAGCUUCAUGAUCAUUCUGGCCAGACUCAGCGAUGUCUUUGGCCGCAAGACCAUGCUACUAUUCUGUACCGCCGUCUUCACUGUCUUCUCCGGCGGAUGCGCUGCUGCCCAGACCAUGAUACAAUUGAUUGUGUGUAGAGCUUUUCAGGGAAUCGGUGGGAGCGGAGUCUACUCGCUCGUCAUGGUAGUCGUAUUCGAGAUGGUACCUCCCGCUAAAUGGCCUACUUACCAAGUUGUCAUCACGCUGCUAUUCGGGCUGGCUAUGGUGUUGGGUCCCAUAUUCGGCGGCUUGAUCAAUCUGCACGGCUCGUGGAUAUGGGUUUUUCUGCUCAACGUUCCUGGAGGCGUCGUCACCUUUGGCCUUCUUGGGGUGGCCAUGCCGAACCACUUUCCCAACCACGCGAACCCAAGCCUGCGCAAGCCACCGUCGGCUUCCAGCGUCGAUUUCUUAGGCGCCUUCCUGCUAGUGGCCGCCAUGGCGCUGCACAUAACGGGCUUGGAGCAAGCGGCCAACAUGUACUCGUGGACAUCUGCCAUGGUGCUAGCGCCCAUUCUCAUAUCGGUGGUCAUCUGGCUAUCAUUCUUCAUCUGGCAAUGGUACUCGGACGGGGGGACGAAGCAGCGAGAGCCACUGUUUCCACGGCGCUUCUUCAAAAACAGGGUCUACAUUGGACUGCUAGGCAACACAUUUCUCAACGGCGCUGUCUCGACAAGCUGUAUAAUCAACAUCCCUAUCCGCUACCAAGCUGCCGUAGGCUCUUCACCGCUCUCGGCUGGCAUCCGUCUCAUACCUUUUUCUCUCACCCUCCAAUUGGGUGCCGGUUUGGUAGCCGGUCUCGCAAAGAAACGCCGCAUGCCACCUGUCUACCUCUCGUUCGCGGGCGGCCUCUUCCAGCUCCUAAGUCUGAUUUUCAUGUCGAUGGGCAAGGCUACCAAUCCAGACUGGCAAGCGCUUUAUGGCCUCGAGGUUCUGGCCGGCACGGGGGUGGGAAUGGGCAACGGCGUCGUCACCCUCAUGACGCCCUAUGUUACAGAGAAGCGCGAUUUGGCUGUGGCUACAGCAUCCAUAGUGAAAUUUCGUUUCUUAGGCGGUGCAACAGCCCUUGCCAUCAUCACCGCAGUGGGAAAUAAUUGGCUUAAACACACUCUGCCAAUAGCGCUGAGCCCCGAUGAUGUAGCAGCUGUGUUUCGCCAGGCUUCUAACAUUGGUUCAUUCCCGACAGAUGUGCAGACCGUCGUGCACGGCAUGUUUGUUAAGAGUUUUAAUCUCCAGAUGCGCAUCUUGAUUGGAUUUGUGGUAGCGCAGUUCUUCUUCACGUGUCUUAUGUGGCGACGCGUUCAGGUCAUGCUCGAGUGA